AUGCAGCAAGCGGAAGCACGGUCAUCCAAGCAGCAACCAAGACUAAGAAAUAAGGAUCAAGAUGUAGUCACGCCAAUAAAAGUCGAAGUGUUAAAUUUAUGGCUAGAAGAUUAUGAAGAAAGCAAACUACAGUAUUUGGUUGAUGGGUUUACGUUUGGAUUUCGUAUUCCAUUUAAUGGCAAUAGAGCCUUUCGUUAUAGUGAUAAUCUCAAGUCAGCUCGAGAAAACUUUGAAAUUUUGCAGGAAAAAAUUCAAGAAGAAAUUGACACAAAUAGGGUCGGGGGCCCUUUUCACAUUGAUAAUAUUCCAUUUGAAGCAUUACAAAUUUCUCCAUUGGGUCUAGUCCCUAAACAGAAACCUGGGGAUUAUAGGGUUAUUCAUCACCUCUCCUUUCCUGAAGGAUCAUCAAUUAAUGAUGGAAUUGAUAGAGAACAUUCAGCAGUAUCGUAUCAAACUAUUGAUGAUGCAGUUAAAUUGAUUAAACAAUUUGGAAAGGGAGCUUUAUUGUCUAAAACGGAUAUUGAACAUGGCUAUAACAAUAUUCCUAUUCACCCAUCUGACCAUGAAUUAUUGGGGUUUGCCAUUGGGAAAGAUAUAUAUUUUGAUAAAACACUUCCCAUGGGAUUAAGCUUUGCACGCAAACUUUUUGAAAAAUUUUCAACAGCUUUGCAUUGGAUCGUAACUAACAAAUUAAAGAUUUCUGGAUGUGUACACAUGUUGGAUGAUUUUUUAUUGGUAGGACCACCCUCCUAUCCUGUUUGUGAGAAACAAUUAUGCAUACUUCUUCAGACUUUUGAGCAUAUUGGUGUUCCAAUGAAACAAGAUAAAACAGUUUUUCCAACGACCAUUAUCACAUUUCUUGGAUUGGAAUUGGAUACCGUUAACAUGCUUAUACGUCUCCCAAAAGAAAAGCUUUCUAAGAUACGUCAGGAAAUUUCAAAAGCAAAGUGUCGAAAAAAGAUGACAUUACAGGAAAUUCAAUCAUUGAUUGGGUUAUUAAAUUUUGCCUGUGCAGUUGUUACACCAGAAAGAACAUUCCUCCGCCGGCUUAUUGAUUUGACCAAAGGAUUAAAGAAGCCACACCAUAGACGAAGAUUAACAAAAGAUGCAAGAGCAGAUUUAGAGGCAUGGUAA